AGCCAGAUCCGUCAUGCUUCCAAGAAGGCUGGAGGUUCGACCAAGAACAACAGAGAUUCUGCCGGUCGUAGACUCGGCGCCAAGAAAGUUGGAGGCCAACCAGUGAUCCCCGGCAACAUCAUCUACCGCCAGCGCGGGACACAUUUCUACCCUGGCGAGAACGUCGGCAUGGGCAAAGAUCACACAUUAUUCGCCCUCGAGUCCGGUUGGGUCCAGUACUAUCAGGACCCCGCCAAGGACAAGAAGUUUUGGAAGAGAACCUAUGUCGGUGUGACCUUGCACAAAGAUCAGGUUUUACCCACACCAGCACAUGAACCCAGGAGGAGGGCCUUCAGGAUGAUCGAC